CGCCCGCCCGACCCACCGCGGACGGACUACCAUAUUAUAAUACACACUAUUACUAUAUUACUAUUAUUAUUAUUAUUAUUAUCGUCUCAUAAAGUACGCGGUCGUCUGUCCCGAAAUAGGCGCAGGCAUCGCGGCGUGCACAUCGUCGUCGCCCGUCUCCGCGAUUCCGGCGAAACAGACGUCGCGGUCUCAAAACACAAUAUACUAUACCACUACCGCAGUCGUUUGCGUUCUUUAUCAUUGUUUAUUAUUUUUGUUUUAUGUGAUGUAGAACAAAGCCGCGGCGAGUACGCGUUACGCUGCGCCCCGUUUCGUGUGUUUUUUGUUUCCCCGAAAAAAUAGUAAAUAUCUCCGCACGGUCUCCGGUUCGUUUUGUGAUAAUAUUUUUGCAUUUUAUCGUCGUCGUCGUAAUAACAACAUUGCCGGGGUCGGCGUGACAACGCCAUGGCGGCGACAUGGCAGUUCGGCCGCCGCCGGUGUUGUUGCCGCCUCGGCGGCGGAUCGCGGCUGUGCUCGCCGCCCUGCCGUCCGACUGACAACCGCUGUGCUGCAGUCGUCGCGUCGCCACUGACGCCGUCCGCGCAGUCCGACGCCCAGCCGGUAGCGUCCCGACAGCCGUCUCCGUUCGCUCGGAAUCAAGUAACGUACAAAGGCCAUAAUACAUAAAUAAUACUAUUUUAUAACGAUGUCAUUAAACGACCGACGUAUUUCAUAUCCUGGAACGAUAACUGCAAACAUAUUAAUUAAUAUUAUAGAAAUGAUGAUCAAAAUAGAAUAGAGUUUGAACAACUAAAAAUGACGAGAUCGACAUAAAUAAUUUAAUAAGAUUGGAAUAAAUUAAUGUAAAUUUUAAAAUGUCUGAAAGCGAAAGAAAGAAGAGAUCACAAUGUAUAGAUGUUUGGGAGGAGGCCGGCUCGGAAUUCUACCAAGAAAGCUAUCCGGGCAUGGAAGCAGAUUUAGAGGCAUUCCAAAAAAAUCCAAAUAAGCUUUCAACUUUAUUACCCAGUAAUAAAACAAGAACAGCUAGGAAAAAAAUUAAUAAUGGAACUGUAUGCUAUCAAGCAACUGCUACAUUAAAACCGGUAGAAUAUGGAACACUAUGUCAAAACACUAUGGGUUGUAAUAAUGAAAUUCAAAUAUCGCUAAUGCCCGAUUUGUCAGAGAAUUUAUCUAAUGAGGAACUUGUGUGGGAAGAAAUUAUGAAAAUUAAAACUAUGCCAAUUAGCAUGGCACAUAAGAAAGAAUUAAAAGCAAAAUUAAAAAGUGCAGAUGCUUUUAGACUCCAAGGUUUCCAACAGCUCAAGUGGCAAAAGCGAAAAAUGUGUAAUUGCUUGAAAACCAAGUGGUUAGAGUUUUAUAAUAAAUUCAAUUUAUGGAGUUCGAGUUUGAAAAAAAUUGAAGGUCACUGUGGUGCAGGUGUAGUGGAAUUCUUUCUUUUUAUAAAAUUGUUAAUUUUUUUAAAUGCUUUUACAAUGGUUGUGGUUUUUAUUAUAUUGAUAUUUCCUUCAGUUUAUUGGGUAGAAUUAAAAGAAGGUAUCGCACCAGACCUCUGGAAUGAAUGUGGUUCAAGUAAUGAGAGUGCCUCAAUUGAAUGUUGUAGUGCUAUUUAUGAGAACACUACUAGGAUAGCUAGACCUCGAGUAAAUAUGCAUUAUAUUAUGGAUAUUAUUCAAGGUACGGGUUGGGUUGAAACGACGCCUAUGUAUUAUAGUUACUAUCCAAAUCAGCAGUUCAAUGUUGGCAAAUUAUUCACUUAUCAUAUACCGUUAGCAUACAUCGUUUCUACUAUUAGUUAUUUUAUUUUAUUUUUCUUGAUUAUUGUUAGGAAAUCAAUUAAAGGAUUUAAACAAAGAAUGGUAGAAACACAAGUACAAUAUUAUUUGUACUCUAACAGCAUUUUCAUUGGAUGGGACUUUUGUAUUAACAAUAAAAUAUCGGCCAUACUAAAGCAAAAGGCUAUAUUCAAUGAGCUGCGUUCGUUUUUGAUUGCCGAUAGACCGAAAUUCGAAAACAGGAAUCGCAGUAAACAAAUUAACAUUAUAAUAAUUAGGUUGCUCAUUUCAUUUUUAGUAAUUGCGCUGAUCGGAUCGGCUUGUUUCUCGAUUUAUAUGAUAUUUAAUUACUCUAUAAAGUUGUUACAGCAUGACCAAACAUUCACUUGGGCGUUUUUGUUGGAAUUUGCGACACCGGUAGCGAUAACUUUUUACAACAUAGUGUUGCCAAUUAUCUUUGAUAUUUUUUUGAAGUUUGAAAAUCGUUCCAUGUAUCAAGAAACCCGAUUAUGUAUAUUGAGAAUAAUAUGUGUGAGAUUAUCGUUGUUGGUUGUACUGUUGGGUUCAAUUUAUAAGUUGAUUAACUGCGUACGGGAAAAAUCUCAGUGUGCAAGUGCUUUAUGCAGUUCUCCGCUCUGCUGGGAGACCUACGUCGGUAAAAUAAUGUAUAAGCUUCUUAUUGUUGACGUCGCAUGUAAAAUCGGAAUUACCAUUUUGAUUAGUUGUCCCCGGAGCAUACUUGUUAGACAUUUUAAAAGUAAUUUUUUCCAAGUGAUGUGCAAGCAAGAACUUAAUUUAGCGAAACAUGUAUUGGACGUUAUCUAUAUUCAAAUAAUCGUGUGGUUAGGUAGUUUCUAUGUCGCUCUGCUACCAGUCCUCGGAUUGGUCUCGAUGGUGAUAAUGUUUUAUAUAAAACGAUUUUCUUGUAUCGUUAACUAUAGCCUAGCUCAAAAGGUAUACAGUCCGUCACGAGCACAUACAAUGAUCAUGUCCAUGUUACUCAUAUCUUACGUCCUAUGUGUGACUACGUGGUUAACGGCUGUAUCAAAAAUAACGCCAUCCAGGUCAUGCGGUCCGUUCAAAGGACUACCGUCUAUUUGGAGGGUUCUGAUUGAUUUCAUACAUACCAUACCUUCAUGGACAAUUACUUGUUACGAAAUACUGUUUAGCUUAAACUUCGUAGUCCCGUUGAUUUUCAUACUCUCGUGCAUUGUCUACUAUUAUCACACUGUUAUGAGAUCCAAUAAAAAAAUGAUUAUGGUUCUACGUAAGCAGCUUGUACUUGAAGGACACGACAAACAGUUUCUGUUGAACCGGUUAAGUGCAUUUAUUAAACAACAAGACAGGCGUCGCAAAGCAACCGAAAAUAACGGUGAAAUCGACGUAUUGCUUUCUUGAUUUGCACAUAAUAUAAUCGAUAAUCGUAUCAGGAAAACUGGUGAUUUUUUAGGGUGCUCGUAUGUUAUUAUUGUAAUUGGUCAAUGGUAUUUUAUUAUUUUUUUUUUUUUUUGUAAAUUUGAACUGCUUAAGUUUAGAAACGGUUUAUUUAACAGUUACCGAAAAUAUGUAUACCUACCCAACAUUAGUACUUACAUACUUUGUUUUUACCGAA